AAAAACAGCUCUGUAGUCAUAAGGUUUGAGAUUUUGGUACAGCUUUUCGUUUGCGAAAAUCUUUCGGGACCUUCGAGAAACGGGCCCUAGGCUUUACAAGUGAACGCCCUUUCGGCACCCACGCGCUUUCAAAACAUGAAGCGGGUACCUGAAUCUGACACGGGUGACCUAGCAACCAUAGAACAGCGAGUUCUGCCAACCGUUUCAUUUCCCUGAUCCACCAGUGAAUAAUUCAGUUGGUGUUUUUCGAUAGGACACAACGUCGAGCGUAUACUGAAAUUUUUCCCAAACGACUGUCGGCGCCAUGUUGGAGAAGAAGUGCUCGACCGGCCGCUCCUCACGGCGCUAUCUGCGAGCGUUACUUGUGUUAGCUGCCUCGUGUGUUGUGGUGGCAGGAGUGGGAUUCCUAUUCAGGGAUACGCCAUUUGUAAGAGAUCUGAAGAAAAGGUUUAUGAUGGGAAGCCCAACGAGCGCUAAACAACCAGUCAAACAGCACUUUUACCAGCAUGCUGCUGUGGCCGCAGACAAUGCUGAGUGUUCCAAAGUGGGACGGAACAUUCUCAAGAAAGGGGGUUCUGCUGUUGAUGCUGCCAUAGCAACCACCUUGUGCGUUGGCGUCAUCAACAUGCAUUCCACUGGGAUCGGAGGCGGUGGGUUUAUGAUGGUGUACGACAGUCACAAACGGUCAGCGGAGAUGAUCGACUUCAGAGAGACGGCGCCUGAGCAUUCUGGUGUUGAUUUGUUCAAAGGAGAUCCCUUGAAUGGGAUUCGAGGUGGACUAGCUGUUGGAGUUCCCGGAGAGCUGCGAGGCUUGGAAGCUGCGUGGAAGAAAUACGGCAAGUUACCAUGGAAGGAAUUGUUUAAACCAGCUAUACACAUCGCUAAAAAAGGGUUUAUCAUUCCAGAGACGGUAGCAAUAGCGAUAAACAUCUGGAAAGAUCUACUCAUGAAGGACAAGACGUUUAGACGAGAUUUUACCAGAAAUGGAAAACUCUUGAAAAAAGGAGACCUCUUGAAACGACCACAGUUGGCCAAAACUCUUCAACUUAUUGCACGGGCGGGAAGCGCCGAACCAUUUUAUAACGGAGCAAUGAGCAAAACUCUCGUCAAAGAAGUACGCGCUGCUGGAGGGGUUCUGACAAGGAAUGACCUCAAGAACUACAAAGUCAAGUUUCGUCCAGCGUUAAAAAGCAAGCUGGAUGACAUGACGCUGCUGAGCACUCCACCGCCUACCGCUGGACCAGUGCUGGCUCUGACUUUAAAUAUCUUGGACGGAUUCAAAUUAAGGCAGAACGAUCUUGAUGAAAAUCCAGUGAGAACGUAUCACCGUAUCAUCGAAGCAUUCAAGUUUGCGUACAAGUAUCGAUCACUGCUCGCUGACCCUGACUAUGAGAAGGAAGUUAACAAGACUGUCAAGGAAAUGAUGAGUACAAAACUAGCGGACGACAUUAGACACCAAAUCACGGACACAAAAACACACCUUCAAGACUACUACGGAUCUCGAUACCACGUGCCUAUCAAGACUGGAACAACUCAUCUUGCCGUGCUUGCCGCCAAUGGAGAUGCAGUCUCGCUUACGAGCACUGUGAAUGGAUAUUUUGGGGCAAAGUUUCUCUCAAACAAGCUUGGAUUUGUCUAUAACAACGAGAUGGACGACUUCAGCGCACCAAACGUCACGAACGAAUUCGGACUUCCACCAUCACCUGUUAAUUUCAUCAAGCCAGGGAAGAGACCGCAGUCCUCGGCCGUGCCCGCAAUGGUACUGGACAAAAAAGGAAAUGUGCUAAUGACGAUUGGCGCUGCUGGGGGUACUAUAAUCACAACUUCUGUUGCCCAGGCCAUCAUGAACUAUUUCUGGUUUAAGAAGAAUCUGCAGACUGCCGUAACAAUGCCUCGAGUACACGACCAGCUCUAUCCUAACUAUGUAUUCGCUGAGACUAAGUUUCCAACAGAAGUAGUUAACGGUCUAAAGGCUCUUGGACAUCAGGUAAACGUGAGCGACGUUAGCCAUGGAGUAGUCCAGGGAAUUGUGAAAAACCCUCACAAGUUCAAAAUGGUUGAUUCCCACGGAAAACGAAAAGGCUACGUGUACAGUUUGGUACCUCAAAUCUACGCAGAAUCUGACUACAGAAAAGGAGGCCUUCCCGCGGGAUAUUAACGCUCACUGGUCACCGAGGGUCCAACAUAGGCUUUUCCAAUCCCGCAUCCCGCCACUGUUUUUGGCUUUAUCCCACCAUCCUACUCCAGUCAGAAUGUUUAUCGAGAUCCCGCCUGGUUAGACUUGAAGUUCCCCGCGUAACGUCCAUAGCCUGUGAUUUUUAUGUUGUUCUUCCCGCAUCCCGCCGUCAAUUUUAAAGCUAUCCCGCAUCCCGCCUGUCAAAAUGAGCAAAUCGUGUUUCAGCCGAAGUAUUUCUUAUCGCGCAUCCCGCCAGUAAAAUUUAUUUCAUCCCGCAUCCCGCCAAACCUAUGUUGGACCGCGAGAAUCACCAGUUGAGACAACAGUGAUGUUAUCAAGCAAUCACGUUCAGCUGUCAGGAAAAAAAAGAAAAAAACCCAUUUUAUACGAAGGAGACGUUCAGGAGAAAGACGUUGUACUAUAUUUUGAAAAUUCUGCAAUCGUUCAACGAUGGAAUCUGCCGGAAUUUGACCUGACAGCAAUAUGAGGUUAACAGACAUCGAUAUGGACGAAAACUUCAUUGCACGAUCAGGGAAAACUAUACGAAAGAGCAUAAAAAAGUAAAUGUAAAUUCGAGACCCUGAUAUUGAAUUUUAUUCAGCUGUAUUCCGUUUUGUAAUGAUCUUGAUGGGGUAUAUAAACUAACUAUGUGUUGGCUUUACCGUUAACAGCACAAAGCAUGAUUAAAAACAAUGCAUUUUACACCUCA